CCUCAAUUUCACCAAGAACUUCUUAAUUAGCUUUCAUUAAAAUCUCCAAAUCUGCCCUCAUUGAAUACCCUCCAUAAAUAGCAAAAACCAGAAAGACAGGUCUGAUUUCUGAAGCUGUUAAUAAAAGCAGAAAUGGCGGUGGAGAUGAAUAACAGUCAGUUAGUGAGUAGCAGAGCUUAUGUGACGUUCUUGGCCGGAAAUGGCGACUACGUGAAAGGGGUGGUGGGGCUGGUCAAAGGGUUGAGAAGGGCCAACUCUGCUUACCCGCUCGUGGUGGCGGUUCUGCCGGACGUGCCGGACGAGCACCGCCGCGUGCUGGUGAACCAGGGCUGUAUCGUCCGGGAAAUUGAGCCGGUUUACCCGCCGGAGAACCAGACUCAGUACGCUAUGGCUUACUACGUCAUUAAUUACUCCAAGCUCAGAAUAUGGGAGUUCGUGGAGUACAGCAAGAUGAUAUACUUGGACGGCGACAUCCAGGUGUUCCAGAACAUUGACCACCUCUUUGACCUGCCGGACGGCCACCUGUACGCCGUCAUGGACUGCUUCUGCGAGAAGACGUGGAGUCACACGCGGCAGUUCCAGAUCGGAUACUGCCAACAGCGCCCGGAUAAGGUCGCGUGGACGGAGGAUCUCGGCCCUAAGCCGCCGCUUUACUUCAACGCCGGGAUGUUUGUGUUUGAGCCCAGUUUGCACACUUAUCAUGACCUCUUGAAGGCCGUUCAAGUCACUGCUCCCACUCCUUUUGCUGAGCAGGACUUCUUAAAUGUAUAUUUCAAAGAUGUGUACAAGCCAAUUCCUAAUGUGUACAACUUGGUGUUAGCCAUGUUGUGGCGUCAUCCGGAAAAUGUGGAGCUUGAGAAGGUGAAAGUAGUACACUAUUGUGCAGCAGGAUCUAAGCCAUGGCGGUAUACCGGUAAAGAAGUAAACAUGGACAGAGAAGACAUCAAAAUGCUCGUGAAAAUGUGGUGGGAUAUAUACAAUGACAUGUCCUUAGAUUUCAAGAGCGUAUCAACCGCUGUUCUCCCCGUUCCCGUCCGGGAUCUCGAGGUUGAUGACGCCAAAUACGCCGUGUCGGCGAUGCUUCCUAGUAACGCAAUUGUGCAUUGCAUCACAGCCCCAUCUGCUGCGUAGUUAAUAGAUGUAUUACCUCAGCUCCUUGAUGAAUUAUAAAUAUUUUGAGCUAUAAUAAAUUGUGGUACAUGUUGGGUAAUGUAAUUAAAAUCAUGGACAAUAUUUUCAGUUUAUCUUGUAAUUCUCUUAAUUUGUGGGUAAUCUGAAGAAAUUAUAUGAAUUGUUCCAUGCUCUGAUCUCUUGCAACAUUACAUUGUAUGGUGUAUGCACAUAUAAACUUGUUAAUUUCAUUUUCAGGUCAUCAUGAUGUUUAAUUAAUAC